UUAAACACACACUCCUGGGCUGAAAUGUUCACACAAGUCACAAGGACGAACGCCCUGCGGUGAAACCUGCUUCCUGGACACUUCACACAGGCCCAAAUAGGUGCAACAUGGAAGUUGAGGAGCACCACUCAGACAUCUCAGACAUCCAGGGUGAAUUCCAGCCUGCUCCUAUGGGUGCAGGUGACAUGGAGGCUGUGAAGGCUCUGAUGUCCAUGACUAAGCACUGGAAGACGAGGAACUUCAGGCUGCAACACUUCAGACCUUUAACUCCGUCCUCUGACUGCUCAGAGGACGACUCAGUGCCUGUUGGUUCUCCUUUGUGCAUGACACCACCGUACAGCCCACCACACUGUGAGGCUGCCUAUCCACCAUCAGCAUUGAAACUACACCAACUUCCAGAAGAGACUCCACUGCACAAACCCACUGCUGUUUCUCAGCAGAAGUUUCAGUGCACCAGUGUAAUCCGGCACACUGCAGAAUGCCAGCACCGCUCCUGUUAUGUUCAUCGCGUCUCGAAGGAAAACAAACCUACUUGGGUUCAAAAAGAAGCUUCUAAAACAGAUAUAAACUCUGAAGAUGGGCUGAUUAGUAGAGGCUCUGAUAAGAGUGUUGCAGCACAGAAAGCUUUCACUGAGACUUUGCCAAAUGUGGUUGAAUCCAGCCAGACCCAGAUUAGUCUGUUAGGCCUGGAGGAUAAUUCCACAUCUCAGUCUGUCCCUGCUGGUGAUGCUCAGGUCUCUCCUGUGCCUGUCUCCUGCCAGAUUGUUUCUAUCUCUUCUCCUUCCCCCGCUGUUGUGCAACAGCCUGUCAAAACCUCUGAGAGUCAGCAGCAACACCUACCGCUGGCCCCGUCAGCAGUCACCACCGUGCAUGUGCCACUACAACAGCAGCACAAACAAGAAUAUGCACCACCACAAACCCACACCGCUUCUCCUGCACAGGUCUUCUUUGUAGGGGGUCAGGUGUCGAAAGGUCCCCUAAUGCUCCUUGUCCCUCAGCCAUCUGUUCCUACUCUCUACGUUCAGCCGGCACUGGUGACCCCUGCUGGCACCAAGUUAGCAGCCAUUGCCCCCGCGCCAGGUCGAGCCUCAUCGUUACAAAGACACACCCCACGGCAGCCAGAAGUGUCCCGAGUACGCAGUCAUGUCUGUCCCCAUGACGACUGCAACAAAACCUACUUCAAGACCUCCCAUCUCAAGGCCCACAUGAGGACGCACACAGGUGAGAAACCCUUCAAGUGCAAGUGGGAGGGAUGUGAGAGGCAAUUUGCCCGGUCAGAUGAACUGUCACGCCACCGGCGAACCCACACAGGAGAGAAAAGGUUUGCCUGCCCCAUGUGCCUGAGCCGCUUCAUGCGCAGCGACCACCUGGCCAAGCAUGCCCGACGGCACCUGGCAACGAGGAAGACACCCUGCUGGACUGCUUCCACAAUACUCAGUGUCACUUCAGUAAAGUGUCUAUGAAGCAUCGUGGGAGCGACAAACCGUGAAAUCAAGUGUGAGACUUUGUUUGGCUGGAACUGAUUGCUCUGAGGAUUGUGCCACUGAUUUUUACAUGUCACCAGUCUGCUGAUAAUAAGGCUGUUGUGCAACCUCACUGAACUGACAGCAGAAUUAAGCUGCACGUAAAGUCUUUGUUGUCUCCAGAUGAUUUUAGAUGAAUAUGAGAGAGGUAAUGAAGCUGUUUACGUUCAACUUCUGAUUACUGUAUCACAUUAUACUAAGAAAUGACACUGAAUAUGUCGAUAGUCUUCUGUAACUUUCAUGUUUUUAUAGAUCUAUAAGAUGUGUUUACAUUUCAGUGAUUUGACCAAAGAAUGUUGGCUGUUGUUCUUUUGUGCCAUAUAAGAAUGGAUUUGCUAAGACAUUUUUGCACAAUGCUUUUUUUUUCUUGCAGGGAACAUAGAAUUAUUAAACGUCAACAAGCAUUUUGUAUUAUUUAUUA